UUUGUUCGUGACUGCCUUUUAGCUUGUGGUCUUGAUGCUUCUAAAUACAUAGGUCACUCUUUUCGCAUCGGAGGGGCCAGUCAUGAAAGUUCCUCCUGCAAUUUUUCCGACUCUCAACUAUGUACGUUAGGUCGCUGGAAAACGGAUGCAUUUAAAAAAUAUAUCCGCACCCCAGUAGUGUUGGGACGAUGAUCGGUAAAGAUCGAUUAGCGAUCGUUUAUAGCAUCUCGAUGCCGAUCAUCGAUGGCAAACAUCAACAAUCGAUCAUCGGCAAAUAUAAAAAGGUACCGAAACGAACGAACCUCAGUAUAUGUAAUCGAACGCGCCCGUCAGGGGGCGUAACUCGAAAACAUAAACAAUGUAAAAAGAUGGCGGCCGCUGAAGAAAAUCUAAGGGAAAUAUACCCAAACCCAGGCUCCAAAACGAAAUAAGAUGUUUGGAAAUUCUUCGGAUUUUAUAAAAUUAAUGAUAAUGAACCACCAUCAAAAAAGAAUUUGGAUACAACGCAAGCUGUUUGCCAUCUAUGCCGCAAGAUUUACAGAAAUACAGGAAAUACUACGAAUUUCAGAGCCCAUAUUGACGGGGAACACAAAUUACCGUCGGGAAAUUCCACACAAUCGCGAUCAGACAAAGUUGAAACAAAAUUAGUUCAACCAACAAUAUCGGCUGCAUUUGUCAAAAGAUGUGAUGUUGUAUCAGGAUCAAAUACUGUAUUGAGUCAAGAACGGAGAGGACGGGUCGAUGAUGCAAUAUAUCAACUAGUCGUCGGGAAAGUCCUGCCUCCAAGUCUAGUUGAGAGCGACCAUUUUAUCAAUUUUGUGAAAGAAUUGGAUCCAAGAUACAAGUUGCCAAAUAGAAAAAAACUUAUGUCCAUGCUUCUAACCAAGAAAAUGGAAAUCCAGGAAAAGAUAAAAGAGGAUAUUCGGUCAUGUGACGGGGUGGGAAUUACACAUGAUGGGUGGACCAGUACAAGCACUGAGAGUUACCAAACCACUACCAUCCACUACAUCGAUAAAACCUGGAACAUGGAGACAGCAGUUUUGAGCACAAAACAAAAUGGAAGGUUCUCACACUUCAGAAAAAAUUGCAGCUUCACUUGAUGAAACGAAAAGAGAAUGGUGUUUGCCGAAAAUAGUGGCCACCACCGACAAUGCGGCUAAUAAGAAAAAGGCAUUCGAAAUCCUGAAAUGGCCCCGUUUCUGCUGCUAUGGUCAUCGCAUAAAUUUGAUAGUGAAGAAGUCUCUGGAACCAACAGAUAUCGCUAGGUUAUGUGGGAAAGGCAGGCGUUUAGUAACGCUUCUUCACACAUCAUCAAGUGUUAAUGAUAAGUUAAGAGAGAAACAAGAACUUCUCCUCAACCCAGAGCUUGUUGGUCAUAAGCUGAUCGGGGAUGUUCCAACAAGAUGGAACUCAACGUUGGCCAUGCUACAGAGACUUAUUGAACAAACCCCUGCUCUAAUGGCCCUCACUUCUGAUGAACAAAUCAAUAAGAGUGCACUAGCAACAAUUAGAAAUUGUGUCUACACAUUUGAUGAGACCGCAUUAGCUGAAAAGGUAGUAUCUAUUCUAGAGCCUUUCAAAAAGGCUACAGAGGUAGUUUGCGCAGAGAAAACCCCAACAAUAAACAAAGUGCUGCCUGUAGUUGUGAAGUUAUACAGAACUCUUAAUGAAAAUGAAGGAGACCUACCAGCCAUCCGUACGAUGAAAGCUACAAUAAGGAAACAAAUGGAGUUUAGAACUGAAGCUGAAGAAAUUGCGCUAGUUGGUUGUAUUCUUAGUCCAUUUACAAAGGGUUUUGAGUUUCUUCCGGACAAAAAGGAAGUCGCAGAAGGAUUACUUCGAAAACGUUCCUCUGAUGUCGAGGUAUCAGUCACUGUGAAACAGGAACCAAUUGAACAAGAACUUGAACCAGUCACGAAAGUGGUACCUGAUUUACCAACACUGGGGAACUAUGAUGAUGAUCAUGAAAUGACUGAUGAAUCUAAUUCUACGACUACUUACCAGUCUCAGAAAUCUGUACCUGAGGAUAAAACAACUGAACAAACUCAAGAAACAGAAUCUAAAGAAAGUCCCAAGAAAAAGUUAAAAUCCAAAGAUACAGAGGAUUGGCUUGACGACGUUAUCUGUACAGGCGAAGUAAAAAAGAAACUGCAGAUGCCGUUCAAGCCGAGAUUUCAAGGUACCUUGGUACUACAGUGGUCGAUUCAGACCGACCGUCAGAAGACAGUCCUUGAAUGGUGGAAAGCAAAUGCUAUGUUUUCCCCCAGAUUAUCAGUGUUAGCUAGGAGGUGUUUGUGUGUACAGGUAUCUUCUGUACCAUCUGAACGUGUGUUCAGCUUGGCAGGUCAGUUGGUCUCCAAAAAACGCAAUCGUAUCAAUCCAAGUCAGGUUGAUUUGUUCAUAUUUUUCAACAAAAAUAUGAAGAAUUUUUGGUGAGUGUGAUAUUCGCCACUCGAUAGUUAAUUAAUGGGAAAUUAACUGAUUUUACAGAAAAUUAUCUACUAUCCACUAGUAUCUAGCUACCCCAGUAGCCAAAUUGCAAAGACA